AUGAAAUUUCGAUGGCAAUUGCAUCGGAAGAUAAACACUGGAAAACAAGGGGUCCAUUAGCUAUCAUGAAUUAGCCUGUUUCCUUCUUCAGCCUUUGUUUUUAAGUUCAUUGUGUGUAUCUUUCUCAGUAGACUCCAAUGAGAAUUUCCCAAUGUCCUUUCGUUUUCAUCAUAUUAUGCUACUGCUUCUGCAUACAUCACACUGUUUAUUUCACCGGGGUUUCUGCUCAAAUUGUUGAAGAUCAACAACAGAUAUUGCUAAAAUUGAAGAACAGCCUAAUAUUCGAGCAAGAAAAAUCUCACAAACUUGUAUUCUGGAAUUCUAGCACGGAUUGCUGUAAGUGGAUAGGUGUAACCUGUGAUAAGGAGGGACAUGUUAUUGGCCUUGACCUGAAUGGAGAAUCAAUCAAUGGUGGAUUUGACAAUUCAAGUACUCUUUUCAACCUGCAAAGUCUCCGGAUACUGAAUUUGUCCGUUAAUAACUUCAGUUCUCAGAUACCAUCUGGAUUCAGAAGGUUGAAGAACUUAACAUAUCUGAAUUUGUCUCAUGCUGGUUUUGUGGGCCAUAUUCCAACAGAGAUUUCUUCCCUUACAAGGUUGGUAUCUCUUGAUAUCUCUUCUCUUUCCUUUAUGUUUGCGCAACCGCUGAAACUUGAAAAAACAGAUCUGCAAAUGCUUGUGAAAAACUUCACCAUGAUUAGACAAUUGUAUAUGGAUGGUGUAAGUGUAUCAGCCGAGGGAAAUGAGUGGAGCAAUGCUUUGUUGCAGCUACAUAGCCUGCAGGAGCUGAGCAUGUCCAACUGCAAUCUCUCAGGACCCCUUGAUCAUUCCCUGACAAGACUUCGAAACCUAUCAAUCAUUCGUCUUGACCAAAACAACUUAUCAUCCCCGGUGCCAGAAACCUUUGCCGAUUUUCCAAAUUUAACAACCCUUCAUCUUAGUUUCUGUGAAUUGACAGGAGUAUUUCCUGAUAAGAUCUUUCAGUUGGCAACAUUGUCCGACAUAGACUUGUCAUUCAACUAUGAUCUUAAUGGAUCUUUGCCAGAAUUGCCUCCGAAUGGUUCCCUUCAGAAAUUAAUUGUGAGUCACACAAGGUUCUCAGGAGCAUUGCCAGCUUCUAUAGGUAAUCUUAGGCAGUUAUCCAUCUUAGAUCUUUCUAAUUGCCAUUUUAACGGAACACUACCCAGUUCAAUGUCAGGACUAAAGAAACUCACUUCUCUGCUCUUGUCGUUAAAUAACUUCACUGGUCAAAUUCCGUCCCUGAAUAUGUCCAGGAAUCUCACGCAUUUAGACUUAUCACACAAUAAAUUCACAGGUUCAAUCACUUAUGUUCACUUGGAAGGCCUAAGAGAGCUGGUCCAAAUUGAUUUACAGGACAACUUACUUGAUGGAAACAUCCCUUCUUCUCUUUUUGCACUUCCAUUGGUACAAAGCAUUCAACUUUCCAACAACCAUUUCCAUGGCCAGCUUGAUGAAUUUUCAAAUAUCUCAUCCUCCGUCUUAGAGAUCCUUGAUUUAAGUAGUAAUGAUCUUGAAGGGCCCAUUCCUCUAUCUAUUUUUAACCUCAGAUCACUGAAUGUCCUCAAACUAUCUUUAAACAAGUUACAUGACACAUUGAAGCUAGAUGUGUUUCAGGGACUUGAAAAUCUAACUACACUGGCCCUUUCACACAACAACUUGUCAGUAGAGACAAAUCUUACAGAUGUAGGCCAAUUAUCUUCCUUCCACAAUAUUAGCAGUUUAGAGUUGGCUUCCUGCUACCAGACAGAGUUCCCUAGUUUCUUGAGAAACAACUCCAGAAUAACCACUUUAGACCUCUCAAGUAACCAUAUUCGAGGAUCUAUACCAAUAUGGAUAUGGAAACUUCAGUCUCUAGUUCAAUUAAAUCUUUCCAACAAUUUGCUCAGCAGUUUAGAAGGAUCUGUUCAGAACACUGGUUCCAAUCUGAAGCUCCUUGACCUUCAUGCUAACCAACUCCAAGGGAAGCUUCAAAUAUUUCCAGUGCAUGCCAUUUAUUUGGACUAUUCAAAUAAUAAUUUCAGUUUCGCUAUUCCGUCGGAUGUUGGUACUCGCCUGUCUUCCAUAGCUUUUCUGUCUCUGUCCAAAAAUAAUUUAUCUGGGAGUAUUCCUCAAUUCUUGUGCAAUAGUUCACAGCUGAUAGUUCUUGAUGUUUCUUAUAAUAACUUCGCUUGGACAAUUCCAGAGUGCUUAAUACAGAGUGUGACAAUUAAGGUAUUAAAUCUGCAACAUAACAAGUUUAAUGGCAGCAUUCCAGAUAAAUUUCCAGUAUCUUGUGCUCUGAAGACUCUGGAUCUCAAUAGUAAUCUAUUGAAGGGGCCAAUUCCUAAAUCACUACAAAAUUGCUCAUCAUUAGAGGUGUUGGAUCUUGGAAACAAUGAGGUAGAUGAUGGAUUUCCAUACUUCCUAAAUUCAAUAUCCACAAUCCGUGUUCUGGUUUUGAGGAGAAACAAAUUGCAUGGUCUCAUUGAAUGUCCUGAUACUAACAGAACUUGGCCAAUGCUUCAAAUUAUUGAUGUGGCUUUAAACAAAUUUAGUGGUUUACUUCCAGGAAAAUGUUUGAAAACAUGGAAGGCAAUGAAGCUUGACGAAUAUCAUCAUGUAUCAAAGUUCAAUGACAUAGGAUCUGAUGUCCUUACAUUGGGUGGUAUAUAUUAUCAGGAUUCAGUGACACUUACAAUCAAAGGUUUGGAGUUGGAGUUUGUUAAAGUCCUAAAUCUCGUCACAUCUGUUGACUUCUCAUCCAACAAUUUUGAUGGAACAAUACCUGAAGAGCUUAUGGAUUUUACUGGACUUUAUGCUCUCAACUUGUCUCAUAAUUGUUUAACUGGCCAAAUCCCUUCAUCUAUAGGGAAUUUAACACAGCUUGAGUCAUUGGACCUGUCAAGCAACAAUCUUAGUGGCGAAAUUCCCACACAUCUUGAACUUUUAAAUUUCCUCUCAGUCUUGAACCUCUCCUCUAAUCGUCUGGUUGGAAAAAUCCCUGUAGGUAGGCAACUUCAAACAUUUGACCAAUCUUCCUAUACUGGUAAUGCAGAUUUAUGUGGAAGUCCUUUGACUAAAAACUGUAGUGAUGAAUUACCUGGGCUGUCAACCUCGGCAAAUGCAAGGCCGCAUGCAACUGGUGAAAAUAUAGUGAGGGCUGAAUUGGGGUUUGUUUUAGGCCUCGGACUUUUCAUUGUUCCCCUAUUGUUUUGGAAGAAAUGGAGGGAAAGGUACUGGAAGCGUGUGGACUCAAUUCUGUGCGACAUCUUCCCACAGAUGAAUCUUGAAUACGAAACCCGAGGAGGACAAAGCUAUCAAGUAUUAAGGUGGAGGCCUUAGUCACAAGGGACUCCAUUUCUCAGUUACAUUGAUUAUUAUGGAUUGAUUUCAUAUUUUAUAUAGAACAUCCUACAAGUUUGGAGGAGUUUUGUUAGUUAGGGUUUUGUAAGCUUGAAGGGAUUUGAGAUUCCUUAGAGUAAGUUCAUUUGUCUCUUAGGUAAGUGAAACUAAUUUCACUGCUUUUAAGUUAUAAAUACUUUGAAAUUUUUAUGUGUAUGAUUGUAUGAUGAAUUGACUAAAUGAUUGAUAUGUGUGAUGAGUGUGAUC